AUGGUUCCCGCUAGAGCCAUUUGUGUUGCAUUGUUCAUAGCCUGUCUUACCAAUGUAGCCACUGGUGUUGAUAAAUACACAGAUGGAAACAGACCAUACGAAUUUGGAUUCACAAUAGAUGGGGAGCAACAUCGUCAUGAGAAGAAAGAUGAAAAUGGAAUUAUAAUGGGAGAGUUCGGAUUCAUCACAGCAGAUGGCGUCUACCACGUUACUGUGUAUGCUACUGAUGAGCAAGGACGCUUCAAAAUAUUGUCUAUGAAAAAUAUACGCGUUAAGCCAUAUCCCACGGCUGCAAAUCAAAAUGCACGCACUGGACACUCGUUGUCUUUAACAAAUUUACCCAAAGAAUCAGACGAUACUAAGAAAAGUAAUAAAACGCCUGAUAUAGCUCCGCCGCAAUCCCGAACAACGCAAAAUCUAUCAAACCAAAAUCUAAACCCGGCGGUCGAUAAUCCAAAUACUCAGAACAAACAAAUCGCGCCGCUAGGCCCACGACCGCCGGCGUCCCCUGCCAAAUCUUGCUCACAUUGUAGUUUACCAACAACGACCACAUUGGCACCUACGAAGAUAGAAAGCGAACAAUACAAUUCAAAUGAUCAGUCAUCUAACUAUAAUGUAGGAUAUCAAAAUACACCAAUAUCCAGAGAAGAAGAGAAUAAUUAUGCAAGUUCUCAACAAGGAGGGCAUACAACAUCAAGUGAUCGACUUGAGAAAUCAAUUAAUAGAGAAAUUAGUUUACCAAAAGAACUUGAACCCCCAAUCCCAAGCAAUGAAGAUGUGUCAACCAAUAAACAGAUUUUUGAAAAUACAGGAAGUGUUAAACAAGUAAUAAAUAAACACAGUGAAGAACAAAGUAUUCCUAAUACUUACAGUACAAAUACUUAUUCUCAAGCGCCCAAUACACCUUUCAACAAUGCUCAAAAUACUCUAUCUAGUCAACAGGGCACUGCCAUAAAUACCCCACUAAGUCAUCAGGAACUAGAACAAAUAUCAGAAAAUAAUAGUAAAGAUGCUGAAAAUCAAUCGCGAGAUCAAAAUUCUGACAGUGAUCAAGGACAGAAUGGAUAUAAAAAUAAUCCACAACUAUUCAGUAAUCAACCAGGGAAUGUAGAAGAUGACACAGCAAUUGGAAAAGCCCCAGUAGGAUUCCAACCUCAAAAACAUGGACUCAGCGACGUAACUCCAAAUCAUGAUAAAGAAAUUGUGACUGAAAAUAGAAAUAAUUAUGCUGACAAUGAGAGUAAGGCUGGAGAAAGAGAGGCUAACGAGCCCGCCAAAAUUACAUCAGGCGAACGCAAUGCAAAGGCAUAUGAACCAAACUUUGAGCCACAAAAUGCAUUACUUAGAACAAAUCUUAAUGUAUUUAACACAACUCAAGAAGCGCCAAAAACACCUGAGCUUAUUUCAGCACAGAUGCAAAUAGUAGAUAGAGACACAGACAUAUAUCACAAAAGUCCAGGUGAAAGCGACGGUCUUCCUGAAGGGGUAACAAAAGACUUUAUGAUGCGAGUGUUGUAUGUAUUUAAUUACACAGUUGGUUUCCAUGGACAUUAUGAAAAAGGAUUCGCCGACGGGUCCAAACAAGGAUAUUAUUAUGUGACAGGAAGAAAUGGAGUCAGAACAAGGGUAGAUUAUGAAGCUGAUGAAAAAGGUUUUCGACCCAAAAUCUCCCAGGACGUGCUUGACUUACUAUCGGAUGACGUGCCAAAACCAGAAACAGAGAAAGAGCCAAAGUAUGGUCUCAAAAGUUACGAAUUUAAGUGGUUUUAUUUCCCUGUUGGAGACAAAGAAAGGAGAUAA